GUUUUCGAAACUGUCUGCUUAACGACCGAGAGAUACAAUGGCAUCUUCCACCGGAGCUCUGCUUGCCGUAGGUUCUCCCUUACCAUGUUCGUCUUCUCAAAUACCCAGAAAGCUUUCUUCUUCACUGUUAUGCCUUAACAACGGAGACUUAUCGACACCAUAUAAUCGCUCUUUGCGACUAUCCAGAGGCAAAGUUCUGACAACUCUCAGUAACUCAAAGAGAUUCGCUGUGGGAAAAGAAGCUGAAGAUAGCUUCCUCUCGGAUGUAAGUGAAGAUAGUGAUGAGAUGUUCGACGACUUGUUCAACAAAUAUGGGAAGGUUGUUUAUAAGAGCGACGAUGUUAAGUCUCCAUCAGCUGAGGUUGAUGAUGAUGCUGAAAGUUUAGCAUUUGCUGUUGAAAUGGCUAAAGUUGCUAGUGAAGUGAAAGCUGGAGACAUUAAGGUUCUCUUUGUGAAGCCUCUCGUUUACUGGACUCGUUUUUUCAUCAUUACCACUGCCUUUUCCCGUCCUCAAAUCGAUGCAAUUGGGUCUAGGAUGAGAGACCUGGCUGAGAAGAAGUAUGGGAGAGUUGCUAAUGGAGAUGUAAAGCCAAAUGCAUGGACAUUGCUAGACUUUGGUGAUGUGGUGAUCCAUAUUUUCUUACCUCCACAAAGAACCUUCUAUAACUUGGAAGAUUUUUACGGAAAUGCGAUGUCAGUUCCUCUUCCCUUUGAAGAUCAGGCACCACCUCGAAGUUGAUGAGGACACUAUCUGCUCCAGAAACAAAGAGAAAAGACAAGUAGUUUCCCAGUGGUAUUGUUCUAAUGCUUUUACACAGCUCUCUGCUUAAGGGGCUGAUUGAUUUUGCUGGCUAAGAUGGUUCAACAACACUAGGGAGACUUGGACAUGUUUGUAGUUUCUUUAUAGAUUAGAGUGAGACCAUUUCUUCUUUAAGGCUGGCUCUUCAUGGUGCCUAUGUACUUCAG